GAUAUAAUUCAUUAUAAUUCAAUUUCAAUAUAGUUAAUUCGUUAUAAUCCAAUAACUACACUUGUUACUUAUUAUACACAUCAAUACAAUCCAAUACACUUUAUUACUUACUUAAUCAUACAUCACCCACAAAAACAUCGAGUGCAAAACCUGUGACGUGACGAUCAUUGCAUCUUCCUCGCCUCAGCCACUCUACACUUUCACCGCAACACGUUCAGGAAGGGAAGGAGGGGCAAUUGUAAACGCCCUGAUUUGAAUAUUCCUUGUACGUCAUCGCCAUUGGCUCCGUUACAUGUUCUCUUGGCCACCACGAAACGGUUUCGAAGCGCGUAAGAUCUUGGGAAUAACCGCCCCCCCCUCCCCUGGUGAGUUGGGAUUACAUUUGAUUUGAUUCUCUGAGAAAGUUAAGUUGGUUUUGUUUGCUUUUGAGAAUCAGCGAUUCUUGCGUCUUCGUCUUCGUCUUCGUCUUCUUGUUCUUCGGUUUCGUCUCGUCGCAUACCCCCACUGUACAAGGUAGUUCAUUGCAAAGGUUACGACACUCUGGUGCAUAGGAUAGAGCCUAUUGAUCCUUCAUUGUUCACAAACGGCAUAGAUAUUCUGCAAAGUAGAUAUCUGAUAGUUUCGCUCACACGAGAUCUCAAAAUGGCAUCAGGACAUAAUGAUCCUAAACUGCUCUAUGCCAUCAAUGGUAUAAAUGCAUAUCAUAUCGAAAAUGGCAAAGAAGAUUCUCUCACGCCAAAUGGACCGCAAACCCUCUCUCUCCUAAUGGUCCCUACCUCUUCCCCCUUCUCCGGCCUCUCAAUCGCAGAUCCUCAAUCCCAAACCCCAGAAGAAGACUUCUAUCUCCAUCUCCAUCUCCCUCCCGAGCUCGAUCUUCCCCUCCCAGCCACCACCCAAAUAUAUCACCAGCCACCCAGCAGCUACCUGAUUCCACGAUGGGAUCUAGGCCCCGACAGCGGCGUCUUUACCAAGAUCGAAUUCCCCAUCGUGGGCGCGUCGAAAAUUAACCAAGAUGAUGUCGAUACGUUUGAAACGAUCUUGGCUCAAUGUACGGCUUUUCUAGAGCGCGCUCCGCCUCCGCAAUCAUCUCGCCCGAAAAAAGAAAAGGCGAAAUCUACAAAAGAGCCGUUGGCCGCGUAUAACCCGUCGGAUUUCGCGCCAGGAGAAGCUUAUGUUUCGGGAAGUGCUAGUUCUCAUGCGGGGGGACAGAUUGUUUUGGUGGAUGAGGAAAAUGGUAGUGUGGUUGGGGAAUUGGGAGAAGGGUUCCAUGUAGUUGAAGAUGCUAAAAUGAAACCCGGAUCGAAAGAUCCAGUUGAAAUCACCCUUCCCCAAGAUGGCUCCCUCAAUAUCGGUGUCGCCCCAGCAUCUCCCGCUUACCUCGAAAUGGCAAUGCACCCCGCCUACAAAUCUUCUAAUCUUGUCUCUACAGCCGCUAUGGCUUCCCGUCUCAUCGUAACAACCUCCAGCUAUGUUUCUAAAACCCUCACAUCUCAAGCCGACAACUACACUUCUAAAUCCGCUCCUACCACUAAACCCAUGACUUUUACUCCCACCACUCACGCUCACAUUCGUAGGGUUCAUACCUUUACCGAAGGCGCCGCUGGUCUUUCUGCAAAAACCGUAGGACAGGUAACCAAAUACGCACAAAACAUCGGUGCCACUCUCGCAAAACGUAACCAGAAAGCCCACAGAGGAAUCGGUCCAGAUGGUAAGCCCGUCGAUAAUUAUAAACCUGGCAUCCUCAAUAAAUCUAUGAUGGCUUUCUCUACUAUCGCCGAUGGUAUCGAUCAGGCGGGACGUAAUCUCCUGGCUUCCACGUCCUCCGCUGCCACGACGGUGGUUGAGCAUAAAUAUGGCCAGGAAGCUGGUAAUAUCUCUCGUAAUAUCGGUGGUGGAGUUAUGAAUGUGGGAUUAGUCUAUAUUGAUGCGACGGGUGUUAGUCGAAGAGCGAUAGUGAAGAGUGUGGCCAAAGGAAUGGUGGUGGGAAAGGUGAGAGGAGGCGGCGAUUUGAUUGUUGGGGGUGGUGAUGGUGGAGCAGUAAUUACUCAGGGAAAUAGUCCGCAGAGUAAGAGUGGAAGUGCCACGCCUAGUGAGAAGGGGAAGAAUAAUGGCACAGAUGCGAUUAUGAGUGGUGGGAGUGGAAGGGUUUCGCCGGAGUUGGUCGGGUUUGGGAGAAGUGCUAGUUCGAAGAAGUUGGGCGUGGGAGAGAGUUUGAAUGGGCAGAAUGUAGGGGGGAAGAGAUAGGAUGGAUGGGGAGAGGUUUGGUUGGAAGAGGUAGCUAGCUAGUUGGUUAAUUAGCUUAGCUGAGAGGUUAGAAGGGAGUCGAUAAGGGAUAGGUGGUGGAUAGAUGGACGGAUGGAUGUAGGUGGGUAGUUUAUUUUAGUUUAUUUUAGUUUGGCUGAGCAGUACAGUAGCGGUUCUUGUUAGGGCUAGAUUGUAGGUAUCUGAUGGGAAAAUAAGAGGGAUGAAAUCAUGCGAAUAUGAGAAUGGGAAGGCAGUAGUGAUUGAGAUUUGAUUGGUAACGAUGGUAUUGAAUUCUGAUGAUUAAUUGAUAUGAAUGGGAUGAUAUAUGAAUGAUGGAUUUAGUCUUUUUUUGGGUUCUAGCUUUAGCUUUGUGGUUUAUAGUGAUGGUGAUGUAAUGAAGAUUUUGGAUAAUGGUGAGAUUUUA